AUGGUGGGGCUGCUAGGCCGCGCCUGCCCACAGGACAACCGCAGCAGCCUCACCAGGAAGAUCCUCUCCAAGGUUGGCUGGAAUCUGCGCAACCAGCAGGAUCAGCCACGCUGGUUGAGCCAAGAGAGGCUGAAGGAGCACUUCUACAGGCAGUCUGUGGGCCGCUCUGGGACCCCACUGUUCUCAGUAUCCGAUGACCUUUCUCCAGUGGUCACAAGCUGGGAGAACUGUGACAGCCUGCUCAUUGCGGCUGACCACCCCAGCAGAAACACGGGGGAUAACGGCUACCUGACCCAGACGCACAUGCUGCGGGCGCACACGUCAGCACGCCAGUGGGACCUGCUGCUCGGGCUGGAUGCCUUUCUCGUGGUGGGUGAUGUCUACGGCACGACCAGAUCGAUGCCCAGCAUCCCCUGUAUUCCACCAGCUGGAGGCUGUCGGCUCUUCUGCAAGCACGCAUUGUUUGCUGACAUAAAGGCUGGAGAAGGCCUGCGGCUCUUUGAAGACAGUCCUCGCUGUGCCCAUAAACACGAGACACCUCCCACGGAGGUCAUGAAGCUGGGAGAGUUUGACCUGAAACAAUCACUUACAAAACUUACGACGCAUCUUUUUGGAGAUGGACUGGAGAUAAGACGGAUAGACUGCUACUUUCCUUUUACUCAUCCGUCCUUCGAAAUGGAGAUCAACUUCCAUGGAGAAGGACUGGGAGUUCUUGGCUGUGGCGUGAUGGAACAGCAACUGUUGACGUCAGCUGAGGCGGAGGAGAAGAUUGGCUGCGCCUUUGGCCCAGGAUUAGAAAGGCUAGCUGCGAUCCUUUACGACCUUCCUGACAUCCGCCUAUUCUGGAGGGAGGGUGAACGGUUCCUGGAGCAGUUCUGUGUGUCUGGUAUCAACCAGAGGGCGAAAUUUCAGCCUCUUCGCAAAUAUCCUGCUUUGAUCAAUGACAUUUCAUUCUGGUUGCCCUCUGAGAAUUACACGGAGAAUGAGUUCGAUGACUUCGUCCGAACAAUUGGAGGAGACCAGGUAGAAAAGGUUGAUCUUAUAGACAAGUUUGAGCAUCCAAAGACACACAAGACCAGCCCCUGCUACCGCAUCACCCACCGACACACGGAGCGCACGCCGUCACGGCCGGAGGUGCAGCGGAUCCACCAGACGGUGCAGGAGGCUGUGGUGCGGGUGCUGGGCGCGGAGGGCAGGUUCUGA